UUCACUCAUUCAGACAACAAUAAAUCCACUCUAUUCUCUCUCUCCGUAUUUUUCAGUGUCUGAAAAUCAGGCAAACUGCUUGCCACGAAGUCGAAAUCAACACCGCAAUCACAACGCAUUAAAACAAAAUGCAGCUUUACAUUCAACUGUGUAUCGCACUAAUGUGUUUAAUCGGCUUGGGAAGUACACAAGAACAGUGUCCAACGCCAGGUGAAAAGUGUAAGGAUUUGCGCCAUUGCCCCAUUCUUGAUAAUUUGUUGAGACAAGCACAUUUAUCGGCAGCGGAGAGAAAAUUCAUAACUGAUAGUCAAUGUGGACACUUUUUCGGAUAUCCAUGGGUUUGUUGUCCCUUAACCAUUCCAACAACAACGCCCGCUGCAGUCGAAUUACCUAAGCCAGGUGUUUGUGGAAGUCAAAUAGAUCCUCGUAUCUACGGUGGUGAAAUUGCGGCUUUGACUGAUUUUCCUUGGAUGGUUUUAAUCGAAUACACAUUCCCAAAUGGCCGCAAAGAUUUUGGUUGUGGAGGUGUUUUAAUCAAUGAGAACUACGUUUUAACAGCAUCGCAUUGUGUGAAUAGCAAAGCUUUGGUAGAUAGAAAAUGGAUAAUAUCAGGCGUCCGGCUGGGUGAGUGGGAUGUAAAAUCACAAAAUGACUGCGAAGAAAACCUUUGCUCAGAUCCUGUCCAAAAUGUUCGAGUGGCUGAACGUAUUCCACAUGAAAAUUAUAAUCCAAAUUUGGUAAAAUCACAAAAUGAUAUUGCUCUGCUACGUUUGGAGCGACCGGUGAACUAUACACAGUGGAUUAAACCCAUCUGUCUUCCAACGAAUGACGACGUGGCCGAUAAAAACUUUGCCGCAGUUCCAUUGAUAGUUGCAGGAUGGGGACAAACGGAGAGUGGUUCAAAGAGUGAUAAAAAGAUGAAGCUUAAGGUGAAUGGCACUCCUCUGGAUUAUUGUAAUAUUAAAUAUCAUACUUUGACCAGUACACAACUAUGUGCUGGCGGUCAGACAGGAAAGGAUUCGUGUAAUGGGGAUUCUGGUGGACCGUUGAUGGUAAAGCACUCAACUGAUUCAACACACAAUCACUAUUACUUGGUAGGCCUUGUUUCAUUCGGCCCAACACCGUGCGGGCAGCCCGGAUGGCCAGGAGUAUAUACAAGAGUUGAUCAUUACAUGGAUUGGAUUAAAGCUAACAUCAAACCAUAGAUGUCUCUCUUUGACGAUCGAACUCAACGAGAUCAAUCAUUUUUUUCAGUGAAUUUUUCUUUACAAAUGUAGUCAAAUAAAUUUUAAUAAACAAUAAUAAUAAUCCAAAUUCAA